AUGAAACGCAAAAAUUUCCAUCCGUACACGUGUACUCAUCUUACCCCUCCAUCAAUCCACCUCAUCAGUACAUCCUUUAAUACUAGUAGUGAAAAACGCAACUCCACCGUCAAAAUCAUUCGCUUUAAUUUGGAUUUUGGCGUUCCGAGCUUCGUUUUUGAUGUUUCAAUGGCGGAUACGACUAAAGAGACCAGUGUCAGGUCAAUGAACCCAUGGCUUCUCCAUCUUCAGAAAUUGGGUCUCGAGCUCAAAUGCUCUUUAUGUUUAAACUUUCUGAAGCGACCACUCUUGCUUUCUUGUGAUCACCUUUUCUGCAAUGCAUGCCUGCCCGGUACAAUGCAGUUUGGCCUGGAGUGCCCUCUCUGUAAAGCUCAAUACCUUGAUCGGGACUUGAGGCCCGUGCCUUUCAUUGAAAACAUGGUAACAAUUUAUAGAAAUUUGGAGGCUACUAUCUGUGCCAGUUUCCAGUCCGGUGCAUCUGAUACUGGGAGAAUUUUAGAGCAAUGCCCAACUUCAAUAAGUGCAGAUUACAAUGAUAAGUUGAGUAAGGAGUCAUUUAAAACUGCUGUAGAGGGUAAUCCGAGCAAUGGAACUUCCAUGUUUCUGCUGGCAAGCAGUAACUUAGCUCAAGUUCCUCUCAAUAGCUGUGUCAAAAAUGUGGUUCAAAAGAUUGACAUGGCAGACAAAAGCAAUGUGCCAAGAAAAGUUAAAGAUAACGAAUAUGAAAUGGUUGGCAUUAGAGAGGAUGAAGUUGAUGGAGAGCAGAAUGUCAAUUCUCGACCAGCAAGUUCCCAUAUAAGAGCUGGAGGGCUUCAAGAGAGUACAACUGUGCAAAUAGACGCAAAUCAGGUGGAUCAGCUGUCAGCUUCAUUUGGUGAUAUUAAGACUCCAGAAAAUGACAGCUAUUAUGAGGGUGGUGAUAAUAGUCCAAAAAAUCAUCUACCAUUGAGAUUGGUCAAGCGAAAUCCUGAUGAUAGCACGAGACAGGAGAGGUAUGACAGUUCUGCCUCCGGAACUGAGGGAGGUGACAGAAGGGACUCAAAGAGACAUAAGAAGUUGAGCUAUGGCCCAUUGACUAUAUGCACAAACAGUGUGGAUCAUAUUACAGUUAGUUCUCAAGCUGAAAAUUUGGGGAAUUGUUACUCUCUAUCAGAAGAUAAAUCUGUGCCACCUUGUAAUGGUGCAGCGAAAACAAUAUGUGGAUUUUGUCGGUCCUCUAGAAUCUCAAAGGACACCGGUCCGAUAUUCCACUUUGUCAAUGGAAAGUCAGUGGAGGGGGAUGAUGCAUUUCUAUCCAAUGCCAUACAUGUUCACUGGGCAUGUAUUGAAUGGGCACCACGAGUUUUUUUUGUUGGUGAAACUAUUAAGAAUCUGAAGACAGAGUUGGCUAGGAGUGCAAAACUAAAGUGUAGCAGCUGUGGGAUGAGGGGAGCAGCUCUAGGCUGCUAUAAAAAAUCUUGCAGGAGAAGCUAUCAUGCACCCUGUGCAAAGGGAGUUGCUGGUUGCCGGUGGGAUUUUGAUAACUUCCUUGUGCUUUGUCCAUCUCAUACUUCAGUCAGAUUUCCUGAAAGAAAGCCUAAGAAACACAACUUGGACUGUCAUGUGCCAACUCAAAUUUUGAUGUUAUGUGUUUUCCAUCAUUCUGCAUGCAGAGCCCCACAACAGUCUAACUUUCUGUCAGAAUCACUGAAUAGAGCAAAAGAAUGGGUUUUUUGUGGAUCUGCUUUGUCUUCUGAGGAGAAGUGUCUUUUGGUUGAGUUUGGGAGCAUGAUUGGUGUGCCUGUAACCAAAUUCUGGAGGCCUAAUGUUACACAUGUCAUUGCAGCCGCAGAUACAGAGGGCGCAUGCACCAGGACAUUGAAAGUUCUCAUGGCAAUUUUGAAUGGGAGAUGGGUCCUUACAAUUGAUUGGGUGAAGGCAUGCAUGAAAUCUAUCCGUCCUGUGGAUGAAGAACCUUAUGAAGUUAGUCUUGACAACCAUGGGUGCUACAAUGGCCCCAGAACUGGCAGGCUGAGUGUAUGGGGCAAGGCACCCAAACUUUUCAAUGGCUUGAAAUUCUAUUUUGCUGGUGACUUUGCAUCUGAUUACAAGGAAGAUCUCCAGAAUUUGGUUGUAGCUGCAGGAGGUACUAUUUUGGAGAGAGAGGAGGAACUAGUGGAACAAACUAAUGCACAGGCAGCUCCAUCAAGAACGAUAGUUGUCUACAACCUUGAUCCCCCACAAGGAUGCAAGUUAGGAGAAGAAGCUUCAAUUCUCUGGCGGAGACUAAAUGAAGCUGAGAAUAUAGCCGCUAAAAUCGGAUCCCAGAUCAUUGAUCAUACAUGGGUAUUGGAAUCAAUUGCUUCAUAUAAGUUGCAGCUCGAUCUUUGAAAGAUGUUUUUGAAGUACCUUCCUCAAUCUUUUAUCAGUAACUUGAUAGUGCAAGGUAAAAGUUUUAUUUAUUUAUUUUUUGGGUUCUGCUCAUUAUGAGCACUGCUACUAUGUUACGUUUUCGGUGGAUUCAUCUCUGUAAUAGUGCCCAGGAUGUUGUAGCUUGAAUGGCUCAGAAAUGAAAAACAGUAGUCCUUGACCCUGUAAAAGUCAUUGGGUUCUCUCCUGGAGAAAGGUUUUGCCAGAGCAUGAACAUGGACUUUCUUUAAUACAUGUACAAUUCAAAUAUUUAAGCUUUGAAUUUCUCAUGAUGGAUGAAAAGCUAUAAAAACAACAAUUUAUUUAUUUA